UUUCACAGGUUUUACAUAUUGUUCACAGAAGUCCACCUUGGAAGGCUAACUGUAGUUAGGCGCGGUCUACAGAUGUUUGUUCAACAAGACAACUACGURGAUUUACACAUUCCCUAAUAUAGGCUGGUGGUUGGACCUCGUGACAUUUUCAAGCGCGGGAGAUUUYCAUGCUUGUGUUGUGUCCUACGUCCUAUCUGUGACGCAGUAUGCAAGUAUCAGCUAGGCGACACAUCACAUSCAGCUUGCCAGCACAGAAGCAAAGAUGAGCCAAGAAAUUAAGAACGAGACAUCUCAACUGAAUGGGACCCCGUCCUCUGAUCCUGCUCAGACGAAGAAGCGUGAGGACUACCUGGAGUGGCCUGAAUAUUUCAUGGCUGUAGCCUUCCUGUCAGCUCAGAGAAGCAAGGAUCCCAGCUCACAGCAAGUAUCCUUAUGUGUGCCAUGCGGAGCUGAAUGCGAUCAUGAAUAAGAACUCAGCGGACGUGAAGGGCUGUUCCAUGUACGUGGCUCUGUUCCCCUGCAACGAGUGUGCCAAGCUCAUCAUCCAAGCAGGUAUAAAGGACGUGAUUUAUUUGUCAGACAAGUACCACGACAUCCCUGAAAUGACUGCCUCCAGACGGCUGCUUAACUUGGCAGGGAUCCAAUACAAGCAGUUCAAGCCCAAGCGAAACAAGUUCGUCAUCGAUUUUAAUUCUAUUAACUCUGGGAUGUUCAACGGAACAGGCUGAAUACACUCACCUUGAGAAAGAGGAGAGGGAAAGAAAGAGUGGGUGCUUCGAUGUCUACUCCUCCCCUCAACCUACCACGAAUAGAGGRACUCAAGUAUAUGUCUACUGUAAAUGUUGAAAAUCAUAUAGAAACAUUCAUUGGAAGUGUUUUGCUUUUGUUUUUUACAGUGCGAAAAGUGKUUUUUAUUGAGUUGUGAAAUUGUGUGGAAAUUUACAUUGGGUCACAUGGAGUUACUUUUACUGGGGUCUCAAAAAAAAAAAUCACAAUCAGGAUACUCUUCCAAUUGUUACGGUUUUAGACCAACUACUGAUUUUGUAAUUCCAAAUGUUAGACAAAAUGUUAAAUGUAUUAGUACCAUAUUAGGUCACAAAUGUUGGGGUACUGAAACACUAAACCAUAUAWUGUGUGCUGCACAUGCAAUGUCAACCAAAUAAAACUAAGAGCAAUGUUAAAAUCA